CACCGUUGCGAGUCGGCCAAGCUUUUCGUUCUUAAUCACUCCUGUCACGUCCAAGUUUCUACGUGAAGGAAAUGUGCAGUAGCACUGAGAAGUUUUCCAUAUACAGUUUCGGACUUGUCGAAAACAGAAUUCUCCCUGCCAAAGUCUGAUAACUUGUGGUCAAAGGACUGCCAAAUUUUCAUCUAUAUUUCAAUCGUUCUUGUUGCAUUUUGAACAGCGCGUGUGAGUCACAUGCCAGGAAUGAUAUACACACGCCCUCGGGGGCAUUUCCCAUCACCACUAUUACGUCCUGCGCCGUCUACUCCUUCUUUUUACAACAAACGAAAUAUCUACAGUAACGCCUUUGAAAUGUCACUCAGUUCGCUUGUACAAUUCAGUCAUCUGAUCGUCUUCCGUCUCCUCAUUUGGUCCGGAAUCAUCACAGUAAGCAUAUCUAUUCGACGCUGGGCACAUCUUUUUUACCCCUCGCAGCUCUCAAUAUCUGCGUGGUUAACUUCCCAAUUCAAUAAGCAUGGACAUCAGAACGGAAUAACCCAAAGGGACCGUGUCCGAUACGUCUUGUUCGCCUCAAUGUGGACUGUCGUAUUCUGCACAUUCUACUUGGUUCUAUUCUUGUAUUCCACUACAGGAUCAGUGCUUACUAGCAUCGCGUCUCACCUCAUCUUCCUUUUCCUUACAUGGGUUAUCUGGAUCGCAGCUGCAGCCGCUGUAACCCAGAUGCUUGGAGGAGGUUUGAACUGCAAAACUCAGGAUGUAUUCGUUUAUUGUGGUCAACUCAAUGCGCUUGAGGCAUUCUGUUGGAUAGAAUGGAUAUUGGUUACUUUGGCUGUCUUUAUCAUGAUAUUCCAGGCAUUCAGGCCAGCGGUGAAGGUGACCGCCGAGGAGGUCUUGUAAGCGUAUAAGUAGGCACGCCGUCUGCUAACGCAACCCAGAAAGUUCUGCGGCAAUUGCCGGUCGAACUUUACCGCUCCAGCGGAACGGGGCCGAAAUGACUAGUCCGGGAUACCGUCCGAACCCAACCUGUCCGGGUGGGAUAAUUGUAUUUAGAUGAAUAACUGAGAAGUUUUACAUCUUUUAUGUACCUUGUAUGUUAUGCAGCUGGGGAGGGAAUGCCGAUUUCUUGAAAAAGGACACCUGUCCUGUUUCACUGCCGAACACCCGGCAAAGGAGCCUCACAGCCACAAUCAUUUCCGUUUAGCCCUUCUAACGUAAGCAAUACUUGAGGAUUGACUCCGAAAUAUUACA